AUGGAUCCCCUGUAUCUCGGGUUCGACCUUUCAACACAACAGCUCAAGGGUCUGGUCGUCACCUCGGAGUUGAAGGUGGUGCAUGUCGCCAAGUUCGACCUGGACGCCGACUCACGCGGCUUCGCCGUUCACAAGGGCGUGCUCACCAACGAGGCCGAACACGAGGUGUUUGCCCCCGUGGCACUGUGGUUGCAGGCGCUGGAUGGAGUGCUCGCCUCUCUCCGGGCGCAAGGCUUGGAUUUCGCCCGGAUCCGCGGCAUCAGUGGUGCGGGACAGCAACACGGCAGCGUGUACUGGGGGGAGCGGGCGGAGACGCUGCUUUCUGGGCUAGACGCAGCAAAAACGCUCCAGGAGCAGUUGGGGGAUGCGUUUUCUCACCCUUACAGCCCGAACUGGCAGGAUGCCAGUACGCAGAAAGAGUGCGACGAGUUCGAUGCCUUCCUGGGGGAUGCGGAGACGUUGGCAGCCGCCACGGGGAGCAAAGCUCAUCAUAGAUUCACCGGGCCGCAAAUUCUUCGAUUCCAGAAGAAAUAUCCGGAAGUAUACAAGAAAACGGCGCGGAUUUCGCUGGUGUCUUCAUUCCUAGCUUCGUUGUUCUUAGGCCGGGUCGCUGCGCUGGACAUCUCGGACGUGUGCGGGAUGAAUUUGUGGAAUAUUGAAAAGGGCGCUUUCGACGACCGACUGCUACGGCUCGCGGCCGGCCCGUUUGGCGUGGAAGACCUCAAGCGCAAGCUCGGGGAUGUCCCCGAGGACGGUGGUGAGCACCUGGGCAAGGUCAAUCGCUACUUUGUUGAGCGGUACGGGUUCCACCAGGAGUGUACCGUUAUCACGUCCACGGGUGACAACCCGGCGACCAUCUUGGCCUUGCCACUGAGACCAUCAGAUGCGAUGGUCUCUCUGGGCACAUCUACCACCUUCCUGAUGUCGACCCCGAACUACAAGCCAGACCCGGCCACGCACUUCUUCAACCACCCGACGACCCCAGGCUUGUACAUGUUCAUGCUGUGCUACAAGAACGGGGGCCUUGCGCGAGAGCAAGUGCGCGACGAGAUCAACAAGCAGUCCGGCGAGCAGAACGAGGCUGCCGGGUCGUCGUGGGCCAAGUUCGAUGAGAUCACUUUGAAAACGCCCGCAAUGGGACAGGCCGCCGACUCCGAUCCCAUGAAGAUGGGCCUCUUCUUCCCCCGACCGGAGAUUGUCCCCAACCUCCAAGCGGGCCAGUGGCGGUUCACCUACAACCCAGCCGACGGCCGCCUGACCGAGACCGACAAGGGCUGGACCAAACCGGACGACGAAGCGCGCGCCAUUGUCGAGAGCCAACUGCUGUCUCUGCGGCUGCGGUCGCACGGCCUGACCACGAGUCCCGGGGCGGGGAUCCCCGCCCAGCCACGACGCGUGUACCUCGUUGGUGGAGGGUCGAAGAACAAGGCCAUUGCCAAAGUUGCCGGCGAGAUCCUCGGCGGCAGCGAGGGCGUGUACAAACUGGACGUGGGCGACAACGCGUGCGCACUGGGCGCCGCCUACAAGGCUGUGUGGAGUCUCGAGCGCCGUCCAGGCCAGACCUUUGAGGAUCUGAUCGGCUCGCGCUGGAAGGAGGAGGAUUUCAUCGAGAAGAUCGCCGACGGGUACCAACCUGCUGCUUUUGAGAAGUAUGGCCGUGCGGUCGAGGGGUUCGAGAAGAUGGAGCACACCAUUUUGAACGAGGCAAAGAGUACUACCUAG